UUUUCCCGAUAUACUUAAGAGAUGUACUGGUUCUCUUUCAAGCGUUGUGACAGGUCGGCCCAUAUUCUUGAAUCUCUCGACAUCACAGUCUUUUACGUGCAAGAUAGUACUUCAAGCCUAUAGAAAACCAUGAAGCUCGCAACAAUUACCCUCGCGGCUUCAGCUGCAUCUCUCACAUAUACCCAGCUCCCGGGACCCGCAUGCGCGCUGGGCUGCUUCAUCUCAGAGCUAAGCGACGACAGCUGCUCGAGUCUGCUAGACUUCGAAUGCCACUGCAAAAAAGGCCAAUCACUCAUUGGCGGCAUUGAACCCUGCGUAAUAGACUCUUGCCCAAAGGCAGAAGAUCUCCAAGGCGUCCUAUCCACCGUCAACGCAGUCUGCAAACAAUACGACGUCGUCCUCAGCAUUACCCUGCCCGCAUCUUUCUUCUCCCUCGCAGCCGGCGCGUCCACUGUCGCGCCAGUAACUGGCUUAGACGCAAUGUCUGUCCUUGCAAGCGCCACUGACACUGUCUCCGCUUCCGCGGCUUCGUCCUUGCACUCUACCAGCUCGUCGGCUUCUUCGGCGACCAAGACAAGCGCUUCAGCUUCAAGCAAUUCUGACCCAUUUGGCUUCCUGUCGUCAAUUGCGUCCGAAAUUACGUCCGGCGCCUCUCGUACGCUUUCAAUCAACACGACGCCUGUUAAUACGGGUACUGCGGCGAAUACUCUUGUAGCAGAACCAAGCACAACGGCUUCAGCUGGGUUUGCCCCACCGAGGGAUGUUUCGGGGGGCCUCCUAGGGGCUAUGGUUGCGCUCGCGGCGGCGAUUCUUUAGGGGAUGGGCAUCAUGGGAGUAUCUU